GAGUUGCGUACUUGCGGUAAUUCACGCUUCUAUAAACUUACCCUUAACACAUAUCACCACUUUUCACGACAAAACACAUUAGACGAAAUAAAUAAUGUCUGCAGAAGGAACCGUUGUUGAUAACACACCUACUGUGAUCCAAGAGCAAGUAGAAAACUCUGUUAACAGUGCUGCUUCUGCCGCUGAAUCUCCUAAAGAAACCACAAACCAAGAACAAGAUUUCCGCGUCUUCGUCGGACGCUUGAAUACCUCUACUAAGAAGAGCGAAAUCCGUUCUUUGUUUGAGACUGUCGGAGCUGUCCGCAAAGUUACCAUCCCUUUCCGUCGCGUGCGACGUGGAACCCGUCUAGUACCCUCUGGUAUUGCCUUUGUUACAUUCGUCAACGAGGAAGAUGUUCAAAAGGCUAUUGAUACCUUAAACGGGAAAACAUUGAACGAGCGUGAGAUAGUCGUUCAACGAGCUCGCCCUGUUCAAAAGCAACCCAAAAAAUCUAAGAAGGAGCUUAAGGAGAAUACCUCUGAUAAAGAAAAUGAUGAAACCGCAACUACUACUCAAGAAGCUGAAGCCUCCCCUGAAAAGGAGGGCGAGCAAACUCAAGAAUCUUCUGAAUCUCCAUCUACAGAAAAAAAGCAAGCCGGUAAAUCUAGAAAUGCUGCUGGCAAAAAGAAGGCUAAGCCUCUUCCCCCUAACUCUAUCUAUGUUUCUGGUCUUUCGGUUACUUUAACAAACGAAGGUUUGAAGGAGAUGUUCGAUGCUUACAACCCUAUUCGCGCUCGUAUUGCUGUUCGUUCUCUCCCUCCCUACAUCAUCCGUCGCAUUAAGCUUCGUGGUGAACAACGCCGUGGACGUGGCUUCGGUUUUGUGUCAUUCAACACCCCUGAAGAGCAAACCCGUGCCAUUGAAGAAAUGAACGGCAAACAAAUUGGCGACCUUACCUUGGUUGUUAAGAAUGCUAUUUCUCGUGAAGAAAAGCAAAAGGAGACUGAGGAGGGCGAGAAGGCUGAAUCCGAACAAGCCGCUCCUGCCGCUCCUGUCGCCGCCCCAGAAGCUUCUGCUGAAAACGUUGAAGCUGAAUCUGCUGAGAAGGCUACUGCUUCUGCUUAAAGAAAGCCGUAGCAAAUGUUCUAAGUUUAUGAUUUGUCCAUGCUCUGUAACCGUUUGUACUUUCUUUUUAGAGCUCCCUUUGUACCUUCGACUUAUGUUUCUUCCCUUACCCUGCGCUUGCGCUUAACGUUUGUUCAUUUUCCUGCAGAAAGUCUUUGCGUAAGAACUAAAAAAAUGUAGAAUAGGAUUUAUUGCAUAGGCUUUUUGUAAUUUAUAUAUUUGUCCAUAUGUUGGAAAGCAUAUGGAUGUUCUCUGAACUAUAAAAAACAUGUUAUGAAUUAAAAUUGUAUUAUUUAUGCAUAUCUCAUACCUGUGAGUCAUACAUAGCCAG